UACUCCUCUCCGUCUUCCCCUGUCCUCCCCCUCCCGGCCCUCUCCCCUCUCUAUCUCCCCGUGGCCGUCCUGGCCCGAGCUGGAGCGUGCUCCGCAGGGUGUGCAGCUGGAACCUGCCAUAAGCUCUGGAAGGCGUUGCCGGCACCCACCGCAGCAGCGGGCCCGACGCCAUGCCCUCCAACCACACCCGCGGCGACUCCAGCGCCCAGGGGCAGCCCUCGCUGCGCGCGGUGCUGACCCACUUCCCCACGCCCCCCGGCGUGCCCGGGGUGACCGUGGCCACGGGCCUCGGUGCCCCGCCGUCGCUCGCCGCGCCAGUCGCUGCCGCCGGAGGAGAGGGCGCCCGCGCCGCCCCCGCGGCCGCCGCGGGCCCGCUGGCGAGCGGCACGCCCCAGGAGCACCUGCGGCUCAUGGCCGGGGGCCUGUGCGGCCUCCCGCUCGCGGGGCCCCGGCCCCGCGGGCUCGCCGCCGCGGACUUGCCGCUGAGGCGCGGCGGCAAGGCCAGCAGCGUCGGCACGACGAGUUCGCAGUCGAGCGCCUCGGGCUGGAAGCCUGAAGUGGAGGCCGCCAGCGCCUCCUCCACCGACUACGCCGGGUCCUCCAGCAGCCGGGCCUGCAGCCUCGCCGGCAAGGCGGGCCCCGAGGCCGCCGGCCCCAGGGAGGGUGCUCCUGAGGGCCUCUCCAGCCUGGGCGCCAGCCUGCACAGGCGGGGCGAGUGCACGCCGUGCAAAUUCAUCCGCUCCCUCCGCGGCUGCCGCGACGGCUCGAUGUGCAUGCUCUGCCACGAGCCGCACGAGGAGCUCUCGAGGUCCGCGGUGAGGAAGGCCGCGCGCACCAAGGGCCUGCUGCGGCGCUCCAUGAUCGAGAGGGCGGAGGUCCGGGGGAGGAGGAGGAGGAGGA